CCAUCCAUUGAACCUGGACGCAAUAUCUAUUCCACGAUCAAACUUCCACUGCAUUCUAUAAGACCACGCCGGAGUUGUUCACAGAGCCAACAAAGAGAAAACCAUGGCGGAGACUUUCGUGCAAACCCAAUUCCUGCACCAAAAGUUUUACAACGGAAUUCAAUUCCCUUCGGUUCUAUCUCCGGACCCCAAAACCCCCUUGUCUCUCUCUCGUUUCACCCAAGCCAUCAAAACCCAGAAAGCAUUUCUCGACUCUCUGCUCCACAAGUCAGGCGCCGUACUCCUCAGGGGCUUUCCGGUGAGUACAGCCUCGGACUUCAACGACGUCGUUGAGGCGUUUGGUUUCGAGGAGCUCCCAUACGUGGGCGGAGCCGCUCCGCGGACCAGCGUGGUGGGUCGGGUUUUCACGGCCAAUGAGUCCCCGCCGGACCAGAAGAUUCCUUUUCACCACGAAAUGGCUCAGGUUCCGGAGUUUCCCUCCAAACUGUUCUUCUUCUGUGAAGUGGAGCCUGGAAGCGAGGGAGAAACUCCUAUAGUUCUCAGCCACAUUGUGUAUGAAAGAAUGAAAGAGAGGUACCCAGAAUUCGUUGAAAGACUGGAAGAGCAUGGAUUGCUGUAUACGCGGGUAUUAGGGGAAGACGACGACCCUUCAUCUCCAAUCGGACGUGGGUGGAAGUCUACAUUCUUGACCACAGACAAGAAUGUGGCUGAGCAAAGGGCUGCCAAGUUGGAUAUGAAGUUGGAAUGGGUGGGGGAUGCAGUGAAAACAAUAAUGGGUCCAAUCCCAGCAAUUAAAUAUGACAAGACGAGGCAGCGCAAGAUUUGGUUUAACAGCAUGGUUGCUGCUUAUACAGGGUGGGAGGAUGCAAGGAAUGAUCCUGUUAAAGCUGUUACCUUUGGGGAUGGCAAACCCUUACCAGCUGAUAUCAUCUACGAUUGUCUCAAAAUCCUUGAAGAGGAAUCUAUAGCCUUUCCUUGGCAGAAAGGUGAUGUUCUUUUACUGGAUAAUUUGGCUGUCCUCCACUCCCGAAGAUCAUUCAAUCCACCGCGCCGCAUACUAGCUUCACUUUGCAAAUAGUCGUCCUUGUCCCGUCCAUGCUUUUUGGUUGUUUGAAAUUAUAUUUUUAUUUAGACCAUGUCAUGGAGAAGUAUGUAUUAAUAAAUUGAUCACAAUCAGAUACAACUUCAUGUACAAUUUAAGCUAUGUUAUUGAGAAGUUUGUAUAAAAAAAGAGAGCAUUAUAUAAUA